GACAACCCCACUCCAUUUUCCGAUUGUAAAUAACAGCUGAUAAUUUAUUGCUUUUCUAAAAAGUUGCGUCGCACAAAUUUGGCCAGAUAAAAAACGAAACUAUAAUGACGGAUGAAGCACAAAUUCCUGAGCAGAUAUUGAACAAUAAAAAUAAACAUAGUGUACGAUGUAAUUUUUGUUACUCAUUAAUUCUUAAACCACAACUUGGGCAGUAUGUCGAGCAUGAGUUCGAAUUGCCGCUGAUGCAGCAGAAACAUCGCAAGGAUGCAGAAAUUAUUGAAACAGAAAUGCUGAAUAACUUUUGGCUUGUCGAUGAUAUAUUUACAUUCGAGAAUAUCGGUUUUUCAAAUACAGUGGAAAAUCAUAAGUUUUUAAUAUGCGCAGACUGUGAGAUGGGCCCAGUGGGCUAUCAUGACAUAGCCAAUAAAAAGUGCUAUGUCGCACUGAAACGAGUUAGACACGGCAGCGAACCGGACGCUGUCAUGGAACCUGUCACCGAUAACGAGGAGGAUGAUGCGUAAAUACAAAUGAAUCUUGGUGUAUCCGAUCCGGAGCAAGACGUAAAUAUUGGAUGUGAAAUGCUGGCGUCAUUGAUCAUUUGUUGUCGUUUAUCUUUUAUACUAUAUUUUUGCGCCUUUCAUUAACUUUUAUUCCAUAAUCUUAUUUAGCAUUUUAUUAAACAGAGCAAAAGUAAGUUGGAAUAGCAUAAACCAUUUUGUACAUUUAACAAUAAUGAGUGAAAAGUUUGUAUGCACUGAUUAAUUUUUUUAUUACUACAGACUAUGUAUGAAUUUUUAAUAAGAAUGAAAAUAUAAUUUAAAUAUCAAAA